ACGACUAUGAGGGAGGGGUCGUCCUGCGGGUGGCCGGAGGCUGGGGAGGCUCUGGAGCCUUGGGUGAGAGAGCGAGUGAAAGGUGAGGCGAGCCAAGGAGGGGACGCGCUGCCGGGCGCCCCCAGUCUAUGGAGCGGGGUAAGAUGGCGGAGGCGGAGAGCCUGGAGACGGCGGCGGAGCACGAGCGGAUCCUCCGAGAGAUCGAGAGCACCGACACGGCCUGCAUCGGGCCCACGCUCAGGUCUGUCUAUGAUGGUGAGGAACAUGGACGAUUCAUGGAGAAGCUUGAAACUCGCAUCCGCAAUCAUGACCGAGAAAUUGAGAAAAUGUGCAACUUUCACUACCAGGGCUUUGUGGACUCUAUAACAGAACUGCUCAAAGUGAGAGGAGAGGCCCAGAAACUCAAAAAUCAAGUGACGGAUACUAAUAGGAAACUACAACAUGAGGGAAAGGAACUGGUAAUAGCAAUGGAAGAGCUGAAGCAGUGUCGACUACAACAGAGAAAUAUUUCUGCCACUGUUGAUAAAUUAAUGCUGUGUCUUCCAGUCCUGGAGAUGUAUAGCAAACUGAGGGACCAGAUGAAAACUAAAAGGCAUUACCCUGCACUGAAAACUCUGGAACAUCUAGAGCACACGUACCUGCCUCAAGUAAGCCACUAUCGCUUCUGCAAGGUGAUGGUGGACAAUAUCCCCAAGCUCCGAGAGGAAAUCAAGGAUGUUUCUAUGUCUGAUCUCAAAGACUUUCUGGAGAGUAUCCGCAAACAUUCAGACAAAAUUGGAGAGACUGCCAUGAAACAAGCCCAACAACAAAGAAACCUGGAUAAUAUCAUCUUGCAACAACCCAGAAUAGGUAGCAAGAGAAAAUUUAAGAAAGAUGCAUAUACGAUUUUUGAUACAGAGAUAGAAAGCACUAGCCCCAAGUCUGAACAAGAUUCAGGAAUCCUGGAUGUUGAAGAUGAGGAAGAUGAUGAAGAGGUUCCUGGGGCCCAGGAUUUGGUUGAUUUCUCUCCUGUUUAUCGAUGUCUUCACAUAUAUUCUGUCCUGGGUGCCCGGGAAACAUUUGAGAACUACUACCGAAAACAGAGGCGAAAACAGGCUCGUUUGGUGCUCCAGCCUCCGUCUAAUAUGCAUGAAACUUUAGACGGCUACAGGAAGUAUUUUAAUCAGAUUGUUGGCUUUUUUGUGGUUGAAGAUCACAUUUUACAUACAACCCAGGGCUUAGUAAACAGAGCCUACAUUGAUGAACUGUGGGAAAUGGCACUUUCAAAAACCAUCGCGGCACUCCGUACCCACUCGUCUUACUGCUCUGAUCCAAACCUCGUGUUAGAUUUGAAGAACCUCAUUGUGCUUUUUGCGGACACACUUCAGGUGUAUGGUUUCCCUGUAAACCAGCUUUUUGACAUGCUGUUAGAAAUCAGAGAUCAGUAUAGUGAAACUUUGCUAAAGAAGUGGGCAGGUAUUUUCAGAAACAUACUUGAUUCUGACAACUACAGUCCUAUACCAGUAACAAGCGAAGAGAUGUAUAAGAAGGUGGUGGGACAAUUCCCAUUCCAAGAUACAGAGCUAGAAAAGCAACCAUUUCCAAAAAAGUUUCCAUUCUCUGAAUUUGUGCCAAAAGUUUACAACCAAAUUAAAGAAUUUAUCUAUGCCUGUCUGAAGUUUUCAGAAGAUCUUCACCUAAGCUCAACUGAAGUUGAUGACAUGAUUCGUAAAUCUACAAACCUGUUGCUAACUAGGACUCUGAGCAACUCUCUGCAGAAUGUCAUUAAAAGGAAGAAUAUUGGACUUACUGAGCUUGUCCAGAUUAUUAUCAAUACAACACACCUGGAGAAAUCCUGUAAGUACUUGGAAGAAUUCAUCACCAACAUCACUAAUGUGCUUCCAGAGACAGUCCACACCACCAAGCUCUAUGGCACGACAACUUUUAAGGAUGCCAGACAUGCGGCUGAAGAAGAGAUUUAUACCAACUUAAACCAGAAGAUUGACCAGUUUCUGCAGCUGGCCGACUAUGACUGGAUGACAGGAGAUUUGGGCAACAAAGCUAGUGAUUACCUAGUAGACCUCAUUGCCUUUCUACGUAGCACCUUUGCUGUAUUCACACACCUUCCUGGAAAGGUGGCCCAGACAGCAUGUAUGUCAGCUUGCAAGCAUUUAGCCACAUCCUUGAUGCAACUUUUGCUGGAAGCUGAAGUAAGACAGCUCACCUUGGGAGCGUUACAGCAGUUCAAUCUGGAUGUCAGAGAAUGUGAACAGUUUGCCAGAUCCGGCCCGGUGCCUGGGUUCCAGGAGGACACGCUGCAGUUGGCCUUCAUCGACUUGAGACAACUGUUGGAUCUCUUCAUCCAGUGGGAUUGGUCCACCUACCUUGCUGACUAUGGUCAGCCCAACUGCAAGUACCUGCGGGUAAACCCAGUGACAGCUCUGACCCUGCUGGAGAAGAUGAAGGACACUAGCCGCAAGAACAACAUGUUUGCACAGUUUCGGAAAAAUGAGCGAGACAAGCAGAAACUGAUUGACACUGUGGCCAAGCAGCUCCGGGGACUUGUCAGCAGCCACCACUCAUGAAGGCUGGCCUCGGGCCACCGAGGCUGCCCGCUGCAGCCCCGUAGCCCGGGACGCAGCAGCGCCGGCCGGCCCUGCCUUUGUGCAUUCUUCUUCAAAGAGAGCAGAUGUAUUUUUUUAAUAACCUGUGUACAGUAUGCGCCUGACCUUUCCCUGUAGUGAAAAAGGCACAAGAGGAAGCGAGUACAUGAGACGUGGCGAGGCUGGGGCUCGGGGGAAGUCAUACUCCGCUCUCCGUGUUCUGGGGAACCACCUGUCUUCCGUGGCUCUGGGCUUAGGUCUGGGGCUCAGGAACUACACCAACAGAAUGGGGACUCGGCACCGAGAGGUCAGCUGAGUAGGGCCGGAGGGUGAUAAAGUCCAUCCUGCUCCCUCCUAGGCGCCCCGUUCGCUGCCUAGGUGAGUGAGGCUGGUUCUCGCCGGCACAAGGAAAGGGCCUGGAGGACACUACUGUUUAAUAUAUGAGAGACCAGCCCACGGCUCUGGAGUUCAGGGCUUCAUCUCCUCUGUCCACUGACUUUCACUGGCUGGUGUACAAGCCUGGCUUGUGGCAAGAUGAUGGCUUCACCGCAGUCCCCCCAAGGAUGGCAUUUUCUUUAGCCUUGAUCUAACACGGUGCUUUUACUGCUCAUUUUUCAGGGGCAAGGUAGGGUGGCGUAUGCAGUGGUGAUAACUGGACUCCAUGACUGUGUGUGCGUUGUCCCCACACCAGGAGGGGUUCUACGGGAUCUUGAAAGCCAGUGUGAGUGGGAUCGGAGCCUCAGCCCCUCCCCCGUUCCUCUCAUUUCCUUCUUUCAGGGUCAGGGCACUUGGUUCAGAGCAUAGGUCAACAGUUAUUUCUGUAGGCAGAAAGUCUCCAACUUGGCCUCCUCCUGCGGGGUCACUGGGAUAGUCAGAUUCCAGAAACCUGAAAAUGGCCCUUACUUUACCCUUAGGUAAAACCUGAAGAUUGCUUGGGAUUGUCCCUUUGUGGGUUUUUGGAUUUUUUUUUUUUUUUAAUGGAGGUGCUGAGGAUUGGAACAUCGUGCAUGCUAAGCGUGCCCUCUACCACUGAGCUGUACCCUCCCUGCCUUUAUGUUUUAAAAUCAGCUUUCUGGCCACCAUCUUUAAAGGAAAUGUCACCAGCUCUGUACUGUGGGGACAGCCAUAGCUGGACUGGAUACCCCUAGGGAUGGAGCCAUUGUCACUAUGAGGUAGAGAGGGUCAGCCAUGGCUAGUGGUUGUGACCUCUGGUCCAGCUGUCCCUAAGUCACGCCCUGGGUCAGAAGCGCUUCUUGCUUAAGCCCCAGGCUUCCAUCCCCAUAGCUGUCUUUUGGCUCCGUCUGAGAAAGCUUGCCUGUAAUCCUGUCCCUCAAGCUCUGGAGUUUGCAAAGGGAGCCUGGACCAGCUCGCGUGGAGGCUGUGUCCGCUGUCCCAGGUGAGCUCCUGAGACUUAACACAGGUGCUCUGCUGUAGGGUCAGUCGGAGGAACCUGCCCUUUGAGACACUUCAGGAAGAUGCUAGUAAGGCUCCUGGUAAGAGUCUAACUGCGCAUCACCAAGCGAUGACAAGUGGGCCACACGGGCACUUCCAGCUGGGGUGAGUGGGAGGAAUGGCUCAUCAGACAGAAUUCCCCACUACCUCCGCCAGCUGCUGAGUUGCUUCUGGGGAGGGCAGUGCUUCCUUUUUCACAAACCCCUCCCCCACCAAGUUGUAUCACAACUUGAAAACUGUGGGGAAGAAAAGAUGGAUGUGGGGACAUCCCCAAAGCUGGAGAGACCAGGCUGCACGCGGGCUCCACAGCAGCCCUCGGAGCCGCAUCCGGGGACGGGGCUCGGAGUUGACUGCUGCCACCCAGACCUUUAGUAGCCGAGGGAAGACAGGGGCCGUGGGAACGAGACUGAAAUGCCAUCUCUCAAGCUUGACCUUAUUGGGAAGGGGUGACACUGGUCACACCAGUCCCAAGCACCCUCCUUCACCUGAGCCCAGUUUACAAGAUCUCUUCAGCUUUUAGCACUGAGACUUUGAAAAGAAAUGGAGAGAACCUUAAGCAGGUCACAGCUGUUUUCAAGCGUUGUCGCUGCUGGUCUGGCCUCAAACCUGUCCCCCUGGAAAAGCCCAGCGGCUGAGGAGAAAGAGAUCAGGAUGGAGGGACGGGGGUUAGUCUGCGCCUCGCACGCAGAAGUCCUUCCACGGAAAACGCUUCUUCAAGCUGAAGACUCCGAGGGUGGCGCCUUCGUUGGAUCCCUUCUUCCCUCCCAGUCUGCCCUCCGUCUUCCCUAGCAAAACCAGCACGCAGCUCCUGAGCUGUCUGUCGGUGGAGACACACUCUCGGUGAGCUGGUAAACAGAGGGGCCAGCCGUGUCCAAGCCGUUUGAACUGAUGACGUAGGAUUCUUCAGUUCUGCCAACAGGCCUCUGGCUGGGCCAGCCCUCGGGAGGACUGGUGCAAACCAGCGGUGCCCAUGGCCCUCAGGCUUCUAAGAUCUGAUCUCAGAUGCCCAGAGACUUAGAAGUUCCCCGAGGCCUCAGUAAGAGGGCGAGAAUGUGGGUAGCUGGCCUUCUAGUUGGUAAGAACCCUUGGUCAAGUUCUUGGCAAAACCAGGUCUGUAUUCCUGAAGGGACGGUCGGGCUUGGCACCCUAGUGGCUUUCAGUAGUAGGUUAGGUAACUGGCAUAGCUUGAACUUACUUCGGAGCAAAAUCUCUUUGAGUCAACUGGGAAUGAAGCUUUGAUGGUGGAGGAGAACAGGACCUGGAAACGAACCAGCAGAGAGUCCCCCCUUGGCAAAGGGAAUGUGUAGCUUCCAGGGAGCAUUUCCCAGUAUUUUCGUCACAUCGCAGGCCUUAACCGUCUCCCAGGCCUCCAAGCCAGGCCCGCUGCCCUGCACACUUGCUCAGUGAGGGGCCUUUAUCCCCAAGAUCGGCAUUGGCCAUGACUUUCCCCGUGAGGCCUCUCAGCGCGAUCCUCGGGGCCUGCUGCAAAAGUCCCCUUUCCCGGAGCCGCCCUCCUCCCAGGACGCAACACCUGCCUGCUUCCGCGGCCUCUUUUUUUUUUAAAUUCUUUUUUUUUUUUUUUUUUUGGCCUGAGUUUGCAAUUACUUUUCACUCAUGUGUUGGAAACGGCCUUUUCAUUUUGCACAAAUAGUCACACAUUUAUGGGGGACAUUUAGGAAAGUCUGUUUUUAACUCGAAAGGGAAUUUUUUUUCUCUUUAAAACUCACUAGUGAAGCUUCUGAUCCUGUGGGGCCUCUUGGUUAGUAGAAAACCUCCUGUGUGGAAAGAGCAUGUUCAUUCCUCCUGUACGUGUUCCCCGUUUAACCGCUAUUAAAGAAGACAGCCUAUGUACCUGUUCAAAAGCCACA